CGUCACUUCCGUUGUCAGGUGGCGGCGCCGCAGCCAUGGAGGGAGGCGGCGGCUACGCCGGCGGCUCGGGCGACUUCGCUGGGAGGCGACGGUGAGCGGCUCCCACGCCCCCGGCCCGGCCCCGGCCCCGGCCCCCUGGGGACCGAGCGCCGAGCAGCCACGGCUCCCGGCUACGGACUAUGGGCGAGCAGCGCUGACCACCCGGGAAAGAGCUGAGAAUGAAGCGGAGAGCAUCCGACAGAGGAGCUGGGGAAACGUCGGCCAGGGCGAAGGCUCUAGGAAGUGGGAUUGCUGGAAAUAAUGCUAAGAGAGCCGGACCGUUCAUCCUGGGUCCCCGUCUGGGCAAUUCACCGGUACCGAGCAUUGUGCAGUGUUUGGCAAGGAAAGAUGGCACAGAUGACUUCUACCAGCUGAAGAUCCUCACCCUUGAGGAGAGGGGCGAUCAAGGAAUAGAGAGCCAGGAGGAGAGGCAGGGCAAGAUGCUGCUGCACACCGAGUACUCCCUGCUGUCCCUCCUCCACACCCAGGACGGUGUGGUGCACCACCACGGCCUCUUCCAGGACCGCACCUGUGAAAUCGUUGAGGACACAGAAUCAAGCCGGAUGGUGAAGAAGAUGAAGAAGCGCAUCUGCCUCGUGCUAGACUGCCUGUGCGCACACGACUUCAGCGACAAGACUGCCGACCUGAUCAACCUGCAGCACUACGUCAUCAAGGAGAAGAGGCUCAGCGAGCGCGAGACCGUGGUCAUCUUCUAUGACGUGGUGCGCGUGGUGGAGGCCCUGCACCAGAAAAACAUCGUGCACAGAGACCUGAAGCUGGGGAACAUGGUGCUCAACAAGAGGACGCAUCGGAUAACCAUCACCAACUUCUGCCUCGGGAAGCAUCUCGUGAGCGAGGGCGACCUGCUGAAGGACCAGAGGGGGAGCCCUGCCUACAUCAGUCCCGACGUGCUCAGCGGCCGGCCUUACCGGGGCAAGCCCAGUGACAUGUGGGCCCUGGGCGUGGUGCUCUUCACCAUGCUGUACGGCCAGUUCCCCUUCUACGACAGCGUCCCACAGGAACUCUUCCGCAAGAUCAAGGCUGCCGAGUACACCAUCCCCGAGGAUGGGCGGGUCUCCGAGAACACCGUGUGUCUCAUCCGGAAACUGCUGGUCCUCGACCCUCAGCAGCGCCUGGCCGCCGCAGACGUCCUAGAGGCCCUCAGUGCCAUCAUCGCAUCAUGGCAAUCCCUGUCGUCGCUAAGUGGGCCCUUGCAAGUGGUCCCUGACAUCGAUGACCAGAUGAGCAACGCAGACAGCUCUCAGGAGGCAAAGGUGACGGAAGAGUGUUCCCAGUACGAAUUUGAAAACUACAUGCGGCAGCAGCUGCUGCUGGCUGAAGAAAAGAGCUGCCUCCACGAGGCCCGGAGUUGGGUACCCAAACGCCAGUUCGGCAGCGUGCCCCCCGUGCGGCGUCUGGGCCACGACGCGCAGCCCAUGAGCUCCCUGGACACGGCCAUCCUGGCGCAGCGCUACCUGCGCAAGUAGUGCCCUCGGCAGGGGUGCCAGCACCACCACCUCCUCGUGGACCCCAGCGAGAGGCCUGGCUACGGGGCCAGACUGCCCCGGGUUGCAGUCUGACGGGGCAAGGACAGGGACAGCCCAGGUCACACACAUGGCAUCAGCAGAGGUACCACAAAGCUACCUUUCGGAAUGAUCGCUUGAUCAGUUGGUUUUUUGUUUUUGUUUUUUUAAUCCAAGAAGCUUAGAUAACUAAUCUGCUUUGAAUCAUGACGUUUUAAUCUACCUCUGUCUCUGUAACCAUGCUGUCUCUAGACUGAGUCAGAGCGAGGAGGAGGAGCCGACCACCUGCUCCCGACCAUGCAGCUCGCUGCUGGCUGCCUGAACCGAGGCCCCUCCCCACCCGCCGCCCUCCUGCCCAGGCCCCCUCAGUCCGGGUUUUAGAAAACCUUCACCUCAUCUUAAGCUGAAUUCAAAUAUAUUUAUUUUUUUACUGAAACCAAUUUCUCUCCCAUCUCCAGGUGGCUUGGCCCACAGCCACUCCCUGCCCAGCCUGGCUGGACCUCAGGGAGUCACACCCCACCCCAGGGAGCUCCCGCCCAGCCUCCAGGCACAGAGAAGCCCUUCUUGCCAGCCCCUGCCCACCUGCCGCCCGUCAGUCCCUGCUUCCGGUGACGGGGAGGCCUCGCCAGCCAUGGCUCUGUGUCUGCCGUCUCAGGAGCCACCGAGGUGCUGGACACACACAUUAACCUGGCCUCCUCCCUCAGUGUGGCAGCGAGCUGAUGCUGAUUGCCCGGCUGAAGGGCAGGCUCCGGGCCUGGUGUGACCCAGUGGCCUGGCAUGCGUGCUCCGUGCUCUGUUUCCCCCAGUACCCACUCCUGUGGGUGAGAGAAGCGGGGUGGGAGGGGCCCCUCUUCGGCCCCUGCCCCUUAGUGUGUACUCUCCUGAGUGACCUCAGCCAGGUCUUCUGUGGGGUGGGGGCUUGGGGAAAGAGCUCCAGGGAUUGGGGGACCCUGCCAUGCGUGGCUGGAGAAUAGCGUGCUGCCCUUUUUGAGCCGCAACCUUGAAGUGAUGCCUAUCUUGCCAGAACCGCUGUUCUCCCCCUGCCUGGUGCCCAAGAGGCAUUGGCCUGGCAUCAUUAGGUUUUUCAGGCUGAGUGUCCCCCUCUGGGCAUCCCCCUUCCCGUCCUGUCCUUGUUCCUCCCCAGCAGGCAGGUGACUGAAUUUCCCAGAUGGUGAGCUCCCCACCCCCACCCCCACCCCGCCAGCUGACUCACUGUGAGUGACCUUGGGCAAGUCCCCAAACCUUGUGCCUCAGUUUCCCCAUCUGGAAAAAAUGGGGCCACCUCUUGCCAGCAGUAGCAGGGCUGCCCAUGCCCCUUCCUCCCCAUGCCCCACUCCAGCCUGCAGGCGCCUCAGGCCUCUGCCUCGGGGAGUCUGUGGGGGCCCACUUGUGCCCAGCACUCACUCCGGGCACCAGGCUGCAUGUCAGCUGCUGGGGCAGAUGUGGUACGGUGGGGAUGGGAGUGCCCUCUUUUCUAUAUUUAUUUCAUUAAAGUCUCCCAAGGGAGCACAAGCGCAGUCGGCCCGGGGCUCCCAGCCCGGGAGAGUCCGAGGCAGGGCCAGCUCGGUGGAGCCGGGCCCAGUGGCCUCCCAGGCGCCUCAGGCUGCUCUCCACGUGUGGUCUUUCCUGUACUCUCCAAAUACCCUUGGGCCUGCAGAGCCACGUCAGACGGAGCAGCCCCUUCCCGGGUCAGCCCAGGCCUCUGGUCACGUUUCCGGCAAAGCAAAUGAGAGGAGCUUGGGUCCGCCCUCACUGGCUACCACACACGGAGAGGUCCUGUUGUAAAGACACAAAAUGGAAAAAGUCACAAAAAAGUUUGUAUAAAGACAUAUUUUUGUACUACAUGGGGACUCUUCCUGCAUGUUAGCAAUAAAACUUCCUGAUCUGGAGCCACUGA